CACGUGAUCAAAACAUAAUCAUGGCGGCCUCCGCUGGAGUCCGGUCGAGCGUGGGGCUGACUUUGAGACUUUCUAGAGUUAUACCAGAUUGUAGCACAUGUCCUUUCAACAGGUUGAAUAGUUAUUUGAAUGGUAUAGCUAGUUCGUCGAAUGUUAAUCGUUUUCGGACGUCGAACCGACACUUGCAGACAUCCAAAGGUCUGUACCAAAGUGAGGCGGGUGCAAGUGCAGAAGACCCCCAAGAAGACGUGGUGAAUGUGGUGUACAUAGAUAGAUCAGGAAAGAGGAUUCCAGUGAAGGCUAAAGUGGGAGACAAUGCAAUGUACCUGGCCCAUAGGCACAACAUUGAACUGGAAGGAGCUUGCGAGGCGUCACUAGCUUGCUCAACGUGCCACGUGUAUGUGAACAGAGACCAUGUCGACAAGCUACCAGAGCCUGACGAAAGAGAGGAUGACAUGCUGGACAUGGCCCCAGCGCUACAGGAGAACUCCAGACUUGGCUGUCAGAUCAUCCUCACCCAGGAGCUGGAGGGCAUCGAGCUGACCCUGCCUAAGGUCACCAGGAACUUCUACGUGGACGGCCAUGUUCCCAAACCACACUGAGGACACUACAUUCCACACUAGCACCCUACUUAGUGUGAAGCAACAUAUUGGGCAUGCAUUCUCAGUAGUAUGCUAGUAUGGAUGUUGGAACACAGCCCCUCAGGACUAAGUCGUAAGAGAGAGAGUUGCAUUCUUUGAACUGUCGGCAGGUAUAAAGAGGUGAGCUGGGAUAGAGGAGGCUUGAAGGAUCCCCCCCAAGUCAAGAAUGCUCUUACAUAGCCACAUGACUGUGUGACCGUAGACAAAAGCUAUAUACCAGUCACUGGCUGCAUUUAGACAGCGCCCCUGAUGGGAUUGGUCAAAAGACCAAUUAUUGGAUAAAAAUAUCAGAAUUGGGCUGCCUGUGUAAAUGCAGCCUCUGACGUGUGUUGUAUUUGGCUCACACUGAAAGUAAUGCUGAUUGUGGAAGAGUUGGAUGGUUUUCAGCAUUCAUGUAUAAAUGUCAUGUGUGUGUAUAAGAGUUCUCAGGCCAAGAUUGAGAUGUCUAUCAAACCAUUUAAUGUCACAAACAGUUCUUUGUUUCAUAGUAACCUGAGUCAGCAUUUCAGAAAGGCCUGUCAUUGCUACGCAAAUGACAACUUUGUGUCCUUGAAUAGAACAUUCCAUGUUACAACUCAUUUACCAAGGUCAACAUACACACAUCUCAGGUGGAGCUUCCAAAUAGUAAUCAGUCUCUACAAUAGCAGCACUCACAUACAGCUAAUUAACAGUAUGUAAUGUGUACGUAUACAUAGCUUUCACCAUUAUAUCUACUUAUGGCAAGUUUCUAGGAAUUUUACUGUUGUGGGCAUGUGGUGACUAGUCAAGACCUUAACAAGCCCCUCCACAACACUGAAAGCCCUUUCCCUACAUCAAGCCUGUCAGGAAUCAUUAACCGUCUCUGAUGUAGCACUUUUGCAGUAUGUUUUGUAAGCAGAGGGCAGCUUGAGAUCGAUUGGAAAGGAAAGGGUUGAAUCUGUUAGAUAACUGAUGACGCCAAGGAGAUACUUGGGCUGCAUUCACACAGGGAGCCUAAUUUUGAUUUAAAAAAAUUCCAAUCACAGAUCUUUGCACAUCAAAGCUGAUCUGAUUGGUCCAAAUGCAGCCUAAACCAUUUUACACUGACAGGUGCAUUUUGUCCAAUUCCCAAGUCAUUUCUGUUUCUGUCCAUCCAUACCCAGUAAUGAUUUGCCUUGUCAUUUCACUGUUAGUAGUCUCAUAACUGUCCAUCAAAAAACACCUGUAUCCAGUAUUAGUUGGCUCCUUUAUGAACCUGGAAUGCUUUCACUUGUACUGUAAUUAAUUUGUCUAACAUACGCACAAAUAUGUAGGUGUAUUAUGUAUAUAUGGUAUAUCUCAAAUUUGCAAGUCUAUUUUAGAUUUGUGCAAUAAAAAUACCAAAUGUUUGUACUA